AUAGAGAGGGGAAGGGCGCGCUGUGAUGAAGCCAAUGUUUGUCGUCGAACUCCAAGCAAAUAUGAAGAUGGAGAGAUAAUGGUCCAUAUAGAGAAUGAUGACUGAAGCUCAGCAACUAUCAGUUUGUGCUUUUUAUGAUACUGUUGGACUAAACACAUGAAUCUGGAGGAAACUGGACCACUGAGAACAAAGGAUUGCUUCUGGGUUUUGGACAAAUCUCUGCACUAUUCUGAUUUAUUUAUUUCAGAGUGGUUAACAGAGUCCACUUUUAAAUCUUACAUACAAAUGGUCAUCUUUUUGGAGGGAAUACUGGAGACCUCAGAGCGGAGUUUGCGCACAAGGAUGCCGUAGCUCCACAUGAAUCGUGAUAGAUGAAGUACUUUUUGAAAUUGGCUUGAAGAUUUUAGCUCCACGGAAAGACACGCACAGCAAUAACAGCGCAACACACAGGGAGAGGAGCCAGCGCCAGCGUGUCUUUGCAAUAAGAGGCUGAUAAAAAGCAAUAAAUUCUCCAAAAUAAACACUGUCAUCCGGCUGUGCGCCAUGGGCGAUGAGGCGUCAAACUUCAGGAGACGCAGCAGGACCGGUGUCUCAUCACCAAAAGCCCAUACUACUGAGGAUCACAGGCAAAAGGAGAACCUGGGAUAAACCGAAAUUGAUCACCACCGAAAACAAUGAGAUUAAUGGCUUUCUGGAUGGCUUGACAGGUUAUCACUGUGACAGUUUUUGAUGUUAUUCAGAAAACCAGGUUCAGACCUGGGCUGUGCUGGACUUGGUCACUUUGAUUUGUUCAAUCAAGUGGCAGCGAGGGACAUGAAACCAUUCGCUUUUUGCUUGAAAAACACGAUUACAGCCAUAUCAUUUAAUCGAUAAGCACACAGGGGGAUAUUAGUUCCAUUAUAUUUGAUUUUUUGCACAAUGAUGGAACCACCACCAUGUUCAAAGAAGAGCCUUUCCCUGUCUCUCCCGGUUCCUCGGGAGGGACAGGCGACUCUAAAACCUCCCCAGCAUCUUUGGAGACAGCCCCGGACCCCGAUUAAAAUCAAACACCGGGGAUACUCCGACACCGACCGGCACCACCACCGGCACAUGGAGCGCUCAGAUGCGGUGGAUACGAGUGACCGACCGGGACUGAAGAAGUCUCGGAUGUCCUGGCCAUCCUCCUUCCACGGAACCACAAACACAUCCAUCGGAAAUUGUAUCGGGAACAAACGCUUCGAUUCAGAAAAUGGCCCCUCACCAGGACGAAGUCCCAUGGAUUCGCAGGCGAGUCCUGGGUUGGUGCUCCAUCCUUCCUUUCCUCAAAGUCAGAGAAGAGAGUCCUUCCUGUACCGCUCGGACUCAGACUAUGACACAUCUCCCAAAACCAUGUCCCGCAACUCCUCCAUCAACAGUGAGGGACAUGCAGAAGACAUGAUUGUCACCCCUUUUGCUCAGGUGUUGGCCAGCCUACGAACUGUAAGAAGCAACUUCACCAUCCUCGCCAAUGUCACAACACCCACUAACAAGAGGUCACCAGUGACAAGCCAACCCACGGUUCCCCAAGCUACUCUCUCUGAGGAGACGUACCAGCAGAUGGCUCGGGAGACUCUGGAGGAGCUGGACUGGUGUCUGGACCAGUUGGAGACCAUUCAGACCCACCGCUCAGUCAGUGAGAUGGCUUCCAAUAAGUUCAAGAGGAUGUUGAACAGGGAGCUGUCCCAUUUGUCAGAGAUGAGUCGCUCAGGAAACCAAGUAUCAGAAUACAUCUCCACUACCUUUCUAGAUAAGCAAAACGAAGUGGAAAUUCCAUCUCCGACUCAGAGGGAACGAGAGAAGCCCAUGUGUCACAUCAGCGGUGUGAAGAAACUCACGCAUAGUUCCAGCCUUUCCAACUCCACCUUGCCUCGGUUUGGCGUGAAGACAGAGCACGAGGAAGCUUUAGCCAGGGAACUGGACGACUUGAACAAGUGGGGCCUUAAUAUCUUUCAAGUGGCAGAGUUCUCAAAUAAUCGACCCCUAAGCUGCAUCAUGUUUUCAAUCUUCCAGGAAAGAGAUCUACUAAAGACCUUUCGGAUCCCUGUGGAUACUUUUGUCACAUAUGUGAUGACCCUGGAGGACCACUAUCAUGCCAAUGUCGCCUACCACAACAGCCUUCACGCUGCUGAUGUCACCCAGUCCACCCAUGUACUGCUAUCCACACCAGCUCUAGAUGCUGUAUUUACAGACUUAGAGAUAUUAGCAGCUUUGUUUGCUGCUGCCAUUCAUGAUGUAGACCAUCCAGGAGUGUCCAACCAAUUUCUCAUUAACACAAACUCAGAGCUGGCCCUGAUGUAUAACGAUGAGUCUGUUUUGGAAAACCACCACCUGGCCGUGGGCUUUAAGCUACUCCAUGAAGAGAACUGUGACAUCUUCCAGAACCUUACCAAAAGGCAAAGACAGAGUCUGAGGAAACUUGUGAUUGAUAUGGUUUUGGCGACAGAUAUGUCCAAACACAUGAGUUUGCUGGCUGACCUUAAGACGAUGGUGGAAACCAAGAAAGUGACAAGUUCUGGAGUUCUGAUGCUCGACCACUACACCGACAGAAUACAGGUAUUGAGGAACAUGGUGCAUUGUGCUGACUUGAGCAAUCCUACAAAGCCUCUACAUGUGUAUCGGCAAUGGACGGAGAGAAUCAUGGAAGAGUUCUUCAGGCAGGGAGACAAGGAGCGGGAAAGAGGGAUGGAGAUCAGUCCCAUGUGUGAUAAACACACUGCAUCUGUAGAAAAAAGUCAGGUGGGCUUCAUCGACUACAUAGUUCAUCCACUUUGGGAGACGUGGGGAGACCUUGUUCAUCCUGAUGCCCAGGAGAUCCUGGACACCCUGGAGGACAACAGGGACUGGUACCAGAGCACUAUCCCACAAAGUCCUUCACCACCGCCUGUAGGCCAGGACAAGGAGCUAAACACGUGCAUUGAUAAGUUUCAGUUUGCGCUCACACUGGAAGAGAGCUCUCAGAAUGAACAGGAACAUGAGGUUGACAAAACGACUUCAAACCACGUGGCAGAAGACUGUAGUGACAUGGACAAGGAUGAUGAAAACGAGGAUAAGGAAGAUCUUAUGUCAGAGAAGAAUGAGGACAUAAUCGAGGAAGAGGAUGAGGUUGCAAUGGAGGAAGAGGAAGGAGAGGAAGAGCUGAAACCUCGGUUAGGUGAGCAGCCAGAAAAGGAAAGACUUUAUGACACAAGUCCUGUAGAAGAAGAGGAGGAUUCUUCAUCUCAAGCUGAAGAUACAUGAGGUCUGCUCCUGUAUCUCUCUCCUAUCUUGCACACGUUAUGUUGUCGAUUCUUUAAAUGGUCAAACAAAGAACAAAUAUGACUGCAAUGACAAUACAGACCUUUAAAUAUAUUUUUCAAAAAGGGAAUACAUUCAGAAUUGCUCAAAGAGAAGCUAAUUACACAGCAACUGUAGAUUUGGAGUGAUAAGUUCUAGAUUGAUUUACUAGGAACUUAAGACUAAUGGGAAUUUAGUAGAAAGCAAUGGAAGGUAGUGUAGCACUCUGGUGAGUGAAAUGCACAUAAAUAAACACCCAUGAAAUCACAAAAAAAUAUCCACACAAAAAAACACUAUCAAGAGCAAAUUAUGUAGAGUGAAACAAUGCAUACAUGCAUACAGCAUAUCCUGCAGUAUAACUGCAUUUCAUUCGCUGUUGGUUUUUGGAAAUGCACACAGAUUUGCACAGACACGCACCUACACACACUUUACUGUAUGUUUAUAUGUGUGCAUUUAAACAAGGAACAUUGAUCAGUGAUGAAUCUUUUUGGAAAAAGCCAUUCCUUAUCGGUGUAUUAAUUAGUGUUUAGUCAGUAUUAGUAAUUCAUGUAUGUUAGAAUCUCAAUAGAAACUACUCUGCUCAGAGAAGCUUCAGUGACGUUUUUUUUCCAUUUCUGUCGGAAAUAAAGAUUAAAGAAUAAAUCCACAGAGUUGGAGAAAAGAGAAGAGCUUGACGUGGAAGCAAAGAGAAGAUGCUGCGUUGAAGGGGCCCAGAGAGGCCCCCUAUCACUUUUCCCUUUACGAAGAGAGUGCUACUGGUGCAAGAUGGCUCUGUGCCUUUGUGAAACAUCAGCUUCCUGACUGAGGCUGUGGUGAAGCAAUGCAUUGUGGAACAGGAGAGUCUGAUUUGUGGUAUCAAUUUUUGAUUGUCUCUUGAUGAAGAUCUCUUUACUGUUCAUGCUAUUGUGAUGUGUAACUCACAAGUACACGUUUUUGUGGUGACAUAUUUUCAGCUGUUAAGUCUUCCUUUUGUUGCUCUUCUAGUAAUAUGACAAAUUAAAACUAUAGAUGCAGAGCAAUCACUACCACCACCACUACCACCACUGGACUCUUUCCAGCUUAUAUGUUGAUUUCUUAUUUGAAUGGUUUUAUUACUAUUCUUAUUAUUUUGAAACCUUCAGAGAAUAAGCCAUGUAAUGCUUUGAAGCAUAUAUACGUUUUUGCCUAUUUUAUAUUUAAAAAUUUGCUGAAUAUGUUGAGUGUUUCAUUAACUGAACAAAAUUAGUUUGCUGUCUGACGACUGUCCAUUUUUUUGGUAAUUUUUUCUCUUCAUACAUAACAAUUCUCACCAAAGUUAGGAAGGAAAAGCUUCGGUGGGCAAGAUGAAUCGAAGGAAAUCAGGGAGGCAGAAUGUCAGGGAAAAGGUGUGGUAAUCCCUAAUCAUCUUUUUUGUGUUUGAUGAUUUUUUGCCUUAAGGUUAGAUGCAGGAUACAUACUUAUACGUAUGUAGAUAUAACAUAGAUAUCCUGAUGUAUUUAUAGCACACCUGUUUUUAUUUUUUAUGUUAUUUGUGUUUGUUUUAGACUAUGUAUUCUGAAUUUGGAGGGAAAGUGGGAAACACUGCUGCCAGUUGUUUUUGUUUUUGGCUCUGCUUGGCUCAACUAAUAGAAUGUGUUGUUUUAAAAAAGAAAAAUCAAGAGCGCAUCCUAUAACUUCCUGGAGAUAUUUAAAAUGAUUUCAUGUGAGCCAGUCACGGUAAAACACAGCAGGGUUUUAGAUGUAGUCGCACAUGUUGUCGUCCGCUUUUUGGCAUCUCUGCAUCUCGUUGAAUCGUGUCCUAUAUCUGAUCAGCUCAGCCUAAAUGUGCCAGGUUGUUAGGAUGUUUGUGUUCUUACAGGGUAAAAUGAAAAUUAAAGUUGAAGGUGAGGGCAAGUUUCUGCAGGUCAGUAACUGAGCUCAUCUGAAGUCGCCAUGUCUUGGUGCAACAGAAGCCUACAUGUUUGGUCUAGCUGUGAGGCCACCAUGCAGACUUUUAAUGUAGUGAAAAUGGGAAUUCAGGAUUAAUAUUACAGUUACUUAAAUAUAAAAAUAAAUGUAUCCCAUAUGCACUGGCCUUUUACUUUAAACAUGUUCCUUUGUUUUUGUGGCUUUCUUGUUCUCUCAUGAGCUAUAAAAACAGUAAUAUUUAAUUGCCAUACAAACACGAUACUGUAGCAAUUGUUUCUUAUUAAGGAAAUUAUUCAAUUGAUUGAUUGCUGCCAUUCUUUUUAUGAUGAAAAGAAAACAUGGGGAAUUGUUUUCUUUUAACAGCUUGUGUACAGUUUAUUUUUAUAUCAUUCAGGUGGAUGGUCUUGAAAAUGAAUCGUGUGCUGAUGAUAUAUAGCUAUAAUCAUUACCACUCUUGUAUAUAAUGUAAUGAUAUACUGUAAAAUAAAAUUUUAUCCAAAUUAUGAUUGACAGAUAACCACAGAGACACUGCAAGCCACCCGGUCACCUUGUCAUUCUUAAAUACUAUAGUUCCUCACACGUGGAUAACAUUCUGUCAUAACUUUUAAUUAUGCACACUUAUUGUUAAAUUCAAAAUAAAUUUGUACCAGCACUUUAUUUCAUCAGGUUUCAAAGUAAAACGGUGGGCUUCAGGUAAUGUGUGAUCUGUGUAUUCAUAGGGGCAAAAAUCCCAAACCCACAUUGUCCACCAGUUGAGAUGAUCAGUGUUUUGGAGGGAUUGUAAAAUAAAUUACACAUCCUCUGAAAAGAUUCUAUGAGAUUAUUUCUAUUUUUUUUUAUUUGAACUAAAAGUCACAAUAUGUGUCCUUAUUUGACGUGCUCAUUCCUAGCACUAACA